AUGAUACCUUUACUAGCCGCUCUUCUUUUCCGGAUAUGUAAGUUUUAAUUAUUUAAUUGUUUCAAAAGAUAUAACUGUUCUUAUUAGGCUUUGCUCAAAAAUAUGGAGGUGACGAACCGUUAGUUAUUCCUGUUAAAGGACCUCAGGCUAUGUUUCCUGCUUUAAUCACAGCUGAUAACUUUCCUCUUUUUCCAUUCACCGAUCAAUUCAAUACGGGUAUCGAGAUAAAUCCCGCGAAUAAAGUUGUAAGUUGACAAUUAAAUAGUACAUAACUGAAAUGAAUAAUUUACUUGAAGAGUUUGGCUGGUGAUAUGAUUGUUCCUAUUCCUGGUUGGGGUAAUUUCGAUGUUGAUGGAAAUGUCUAUUUUGGCCACAUUAAUGCAGACGUGAAAGUUGGUUACCAAAUCAGACCUACAAAUCACUUAAAUAUCAAACCAGAGACUUUGGCUCUACUUGGACAAAACCCUGCAUUCAGAGAAGCUCGAAGUAAGUUUACUAUAAUUCAGAAAAUGUUAUCAAGCUAAUAAAUUACAGAGAAAGCGAAGGAAGUCAUCGUAGGGCGUGUUCCUUAUGGAUAUGAACCUAUUAAAUGUAAACCACCAUAUUGUAAUCCUUUCGUUCACCAUGCUGGAGUGGGAGUUGAAGUUGAACAGGGUGACGAUACAUUCUUCAUUGGUGGUGUUGAUUUUCCUAUGCCUCUUGGUGAAAAUGGUGCUGGUGUGCGAUUUCCUCUUUCUGGAGCUGUUGAACAGGGAACCUCCCCAUAUGCUUAUGCUCACGGAAACGCUUUUAACCCUGUAUCGCCAUUCGAUUUUAGAAAAAUCGAUAGUGAUGAUGUUAAGCCGGAUUGGGCGUAUGUGCCAGGAACUAGAAGGAAGGCUCCACCAACAUUCGGAAGUUCUGCAUCCGCAAAAUCGCGGAUGACAGAAGAUGAUAAGAAGAAAUUUUAUAAAAAGUUUUUCGACAAAAUGCCUCAAUGA